AAAUCCUUUUACUGAAUCCCGAGAUAUUUCUGAUGAUGGGUCCAUUUUCGUUGCUGUCAAACGUCCUCAAUCAAAUCAGACUCAUCAGCUGUUUUUAAACCGCCAACAGGUCGAGUGAUGCGUGCGCACAAUUAAAAAAAUCCAAGGCCUUCUAUCAGUCACCCUCCCGACAGCUAAUUCUGUGCAAACUGUCCAACAUUCCUUUGUUAUUUCAUCAAGUUACCCCAUCCUCAGAGGUCCACCCUCGUAAUCUCGGCCUGGACAGUCCACAUGAGAUGUACCAAGCUAUUAACAUAACAAGUUUGGACGCAAUUAAAUCCCCGGAGGUGACACGAGCACCUGCCUUUGUUCCAAUAUAAAAUAUACAAUUCAUCAAGUAUGGCGGACACCAAUGGGACAUGACUCGAUGAAAAAUGAAGGAAUAAGCAAGUCGUCGUUGACUGAAUCACCAGAUUAUUUUCAUCGGUCUUCAGUGGUUGACACGACUCAGUAGUUGGACUAGUAGUAAAAUUAAAAAGUUAAUCUCACUUUUCAAGAGGUUACACGAUGGACUUGAUCAUUGAGAGGAAGUGCGUGAGUGAUGAACCACUACUGGACGAUAUUUACGAUCGAGAUGAGGAGGAUGAUGUUACGAUGGAAUCCUCCACCGAGAGCUUGGGCCUGGAGUUUCAACUGACAAAUAAGUACAAUAAACUGCUUCCUUAUGCUGACGAACUCAACAAAGAGGCCAUGGCCCUCCUGGCUGUCAUCAAGGGACAGCUGGGGAGGGCUGUGGCCCUGAGGAAGCUCCAGCCAGACUGUGCUUAUGCUACCUUGAAGCUUCAAUGGUACAUGAAACUCUACAGUCUAAGAUUCACAAAGGAAGACCACAUAAUCUUCAUAAAAUUGAUGUACGAAUUGACAACAAUACCAGACUUGGAGUCCCGUCUUCUGAAUUUAUUCGGAUCUACGUUGAUCGUGCUCCUUCGAAAGACGAAGCUGCUGACCCCGAGUGACUUGGAGCUCCCCUGGAGGCCUCUGUACGACCUGAAGAAGAGGCUCAUCGAUGUCAGCAUAUCGUCAUCAGAUAUGAACCGUCUUCUCCCGAGGCUCCCCAAAGUCAUCCACAGUCUCAUACACGUUGCCAAAGUUUACUUCCCGGUCUCAGCAACUCAAGAGAUCCUCGACGAGAUCCGCCCCCACAUAUGCCCCCUGGACCCCUGCGGCAUGACAAAAGCGAUAGAUAACUUGGACAGUUUUCUGCCUCUCCAACUGCCCCCAGAUUUGCACUCAUCAGGUUUUCGCCUCUGGUUCGACGAGCUGAUGGCCCUCUGGGAGACAACCCACAAUGCAGCUGCAUGGCAGACCUUGAUGAUGUGCCUGAUGGCGAAGCUGGCGUGCAGGAACAUCGGCUACAUUGACUGGACUCCCCAAAUUCCCCUGAUGUUCACUAGGUUCAUUCGUUGCCUGAAUCUCCCAGUCCACUACAAGCAGACUCAAGGAGGGAAACUCCACCAAAUAGACACCCAGUCAAUGGCCCUGUGGAUUGUCUCGAUCCUAGGUCCCGACUCCCUGGGCCAGUUUCACCUCGAGAAAUUCCUCAAGACAGUGGAGACGUACUUCUACCAGGCGAACGUCGGCCCCUGGGUUGAUAAACUGAAAGACCUCCUGAGCAAAUUAGCAACGCAGUUCGUGUAUCGGCUGAACACCGAGAGGUAUCCAAGGGCUUCCUGGGAGACGCCAAUCCCAGAGUCCCACAAGCUCACUGAUGCCGAUGUCGAUGCCUUCGUGACCAGUAUGAUGCCAGUGGCGAUGACAGCAAUGUUUGGACAGUCCAGCAAUAAUGCAACGUCCACAGUCUUCCGUCUGCUCUCCACCAUUCGUCCCAACUUGGUGAUUCCCAACGUCAUCGAGAGGAUGUUUUCAACUCUGGAUUCCCUGACAGAACCCCACAAGCUCACCGCCUCGAUGGCUGCUGUCACUGCAGUUGCUCGAGCCUUGAUACAGGGGAGAAGGAAUGUCAACACUGGGUACACGUACGACGAGGGGCCCUCGAGGGUCAUUCCUUUGCUGAUGUCGUCCCUUCCUGGGAUCGACGGGAAUGAUCUAGUCAAGUCAUUUGCAACCUUCAGGUUGAUCUCAGUCUACGCAACGAUGGUCCCCAUCACUGACUCGUCCCGCUGCUCGGGAGACCUCGAGGAUGAUGAUAGACUGGUCUGCGAGGAGACAGCCCAGUUCGAGGACUUUAUUCUCCAGUUUUUCGAGCGAAUAUUCUCCCUGAUUGAAUCGAGCACUCUCGAGUACGUGUCCCACGAGAACCAGGAAAACAAUGGGAAGAGCAAGGUCGAGUCGAUGGUGGAGAUGGCCCUGGGAUCAGUCUGCAUGCGUCUGCUUCUGAGGACGAGCAAUGACAUCUACCAAUCAGCCCUCCACAAACUCAGGAUAUUCGUGACUGAGAGAGUCUUCGAGACGAGGAUCUCGGGACCCCUGGCAGCCUCCCUGUGCAGGAGUUUCUCGAGGGUGAACGGUCGGGAGACCCUGAAAGCUCUCCUGCCAGGGCUGGCGAAGACAAUUCUCGAAUUCAUGGAGGAGGGAGAUGUUGCCAAGGAGGAGAACCUGGACGACAGGCUUCUCUAUGCUCUCCUACUCGUCGCGAAUAUCGUCGACACGAAGGGCACCGAUCUCCUCCCCCACAUGGAUACCCUUAUGGAGAUCCUGGACAGCACACUGCACCUGAAGUCCCGGGAAGGAUCGAAAUUGGCCAGCAGGAUCCUGAAGACGAUACUGAGCUCCCUGUCAAACAUGGCUGUUUGCUCCAAUUACACGUACAACUCUAGGGAUUAUAAUGAUCCCAAUUACCCCUAUGUCCUGGACUGGGGGCAGGGAACGGACAUCGACGAGAUGGAGCUGCAGUGGUAUGUCCCUGGGGAAGAGGAGAUAGCGAUGAUUCAGAAGAUCUUCGAUAGGUACAUGCUUGUGGAGAUUGCCAAUAUCAAGGAGUACGUGUCCACCGGAAACUCCAUCAGCAGGCAGGAGCUUCUCACCAGUCUCACUAUCAUUUAUCGAAUUAUUGAGGGAUGCAUUUCAUUCCUGCCUGUUCCCCAGGAUGAUUCCACAUCCAUCGACGCACUCGAGAUAAUCCCCCUCGUGGGGAUUAAAGGAGAAAUCAAAAUGCCAGACGGUGGUAACGUGCGUCAGGAGAUGGUAAAAGUGUUGUCACAGUUCCAGGAGAUGAUGUUGAAAUCCUCUGCCGACGACACUAAAAGCUUGAAAGUGCUUCCACUGAUAUGGAGUGUCUUGUUGCUGGGAAAAUACCGUCACGUGGACAGCCACAAGAGGCAUUCAGCAGCGAUGAGGCUGUUCAAAAUGGAACUCCGAGACGAUCUAAUAAAGAAGAGAAAGCAUCUUGCUGAAUACAUAAUCGAGAGAACUGAGUUGCAGCACGAGAUGAGGAUUUACUUGACCUUCUAUAGUCUCAGGCCCUUCCACAAGGACAUAAUGCUCCAGUUAUUUAACCUGGCAACAAGUACAUACGCAGACGUGAGGACAAGCUCCCAAGAUGUGUUGUUCGUGGCUUUUGUGUACUUUCCUUAUUCCUACAAGUUCAUGAUGCCCCAUCUGGUGGAGAUGCUGAGCAGAGAUCCCGAGGAGCACCACGAGGCGCACAAGGGGCUUCUGUAUCUCCUGCUGGGUCCUAGGAACAAUUCCCUGGUGGCCACCAGGGAUUGGAAUUUUCUGCGCAACCUCUGGCCAGCACUGCUGAUGUCAAAGCCCUCGGAAAAGAUGUCCGUGAUAAAACUGAAGAAUUGUCUCGCAGACACUAUUUUCAGGGGCUUCCACAAUGUCGCCAUCAAGCUGGAUGUCCCUGACAGGUGUGUAGAGAUUGCUGGAGAGUUGUGGGAGAGUUCUCCAAGGCCAUCACUCCUUCAGCCUACGGAUGGCGAGAUCCAAGUGGGGUUGAAGGAGAUGAAGCAGUGCGAGGGUGAGAACAUUGAGAAUUACGAGGCUCUGGUGGAGGCUAUCGUCAGUGCGAUUGAGAAUAAUUGUCACUGGAGGCAAAGGGCCAUGGGGAUGAAGCUACUGAGGGAUCUGGCACACUCACAGAGGAAUUAUCCUAUCAGGGUAAUGAAUUACUUCCUCAACGCUCUUUUACAUGAUUCCCUGGAAGAGAGGAAGAUCGCCAUUGCCGUGGUGGUGACAAUUCUGAGGCAGUUAAAGAGAGAGCACAAGAAGAUCUUCAUAGAGAGCCCAACAGUUCCCCCUAAUGCACCCUUGGGAAUAAGAUCGGACAAUCUGUUCCUCCAGUACAACUACUCGACUCGUCCUCUGUCGAAGAAGCAGUGGAACGAGAACAGAUACGUUCAUGAGCCGUACGUAGGUUUCUACACGUGGCCAAAACAGCUGACAGUCUACGCCCCAUCUGACCAACAGCCCCCACUGGGUCCGGACCGUGAACUGAAUUCCUCGGAGCGCCUGGUGGAGACGUUCAUCACCGAUCCCAGUCACAUCGCCAAGCUGAUAAAAUUCAAUAGCCUGGAGGAGCGAAAGGGAAAGGACAGAUAUAAUGAAUUAAGAUUUCAACUUUAUAAGGGCCUGUUCAGGAAUCAUGGGGUCCAGCUCGUGGACCUCUUCCUUCCUCAUUUGUCGAGCCUUGUUACCCAGAAGCAGGAGAGCAGUCAGCUGUGUGCAUCAGAGAUAAUAGCCGGGAUGAUCCGGGGUUCGAAGCACUGGGACUUCGACAUGGUUGUUGAAAUGUGGGAGAAAAUCCUUCCAAUAAUCAGAAUUGCUCUGGAGAACAUCACGAUGGAGACGGCUAGGGGCUGGGGUAUCUGCUUUGGUCAGUCGUUCAGGCGGAGGGAUCCCAACAGACAUCACUGGCUGCUGGAGUGUCUGAUGGAGGAGCCAGCCCUGGCAAAUGCCACAGCUUCGUUCCUCGAGUGCCAGAGGCUUUUCAUCAUUCACUCAACCCUCAUAAACCAAUCCUGGAGGGUCUCCGAGCUCUGUGUGAGGCUCCUGGACAGAGUAGAGAAGCGACUGCUUGCAGAUCCCUUCCAGAACGUCAGAGACAGCCUCGGUGGUCUUCUGACACUGAUUUUUUCAGCUGAUUACAACGUGGGGAGCCCAGAGGCCGAGAGAAUGAGACCCAGGGCGAAGGACCUCAUGGGCAGGGUCCUCCCACAGCUGGUAAAACUCUCGGAUGUUGACUCCAGUGAUCUUGAGGCGAGGAAGACCGAGGUCAGUCUGUUGAAGACAGUCUGCAAGUGGAUUUGCAGUCAUGCUUUCACCAGUGAUCGAGGUAUACUUCCUGAUUCGACAAAACUCCUGACGAUUCUGUGCCAGCUUGAGAAUUGCGAUGGAGAUGAUGAGUUGAGAAUCGCUUGCAGAAGAGCAUUGGCAGCGCUUGCACAGACACAAACACUUCCUAGGGUCAUGGAAGAGGUCCUUGGAGACAUUGAGAAGGUCUUUGGGGAGAGCUCAUGGUCUGCCAGGAGUUCCUGCUUGAGCUUUUUGGAGGUGUUCGUCUUCUAUAACAUGGGAGUGAUCCUCAGUUGUACAGACUGGGUAGCCAGGGUUCAGGGGCUCGUCCUGAGGAUGUUGGAGGAUGAGAGAGUUGAGGUGAGGGAGAAGGCUGGGCAAGUCCUCUGUGGAUUACUCCACUGUACUUUUGUCCCUGAGCCUCAGGCACUGCUGGAAGAAUUUAAAUUAAAGUCGAAGAUCGAGAUUAAGAAGCCUGAUGAUUUGAGAUUGAGGCAUGCUGGGGUUCUUGGAUUGUGUGCAUUCGUACGAGCACAUCCUUAUCAAAUACCAAAAUAUGUACCCUCUAUCUUUGAGUACCUUAAUCUACGUCUUAACGAUCCACAGCCCAUUCCGACGACAAUACGAAAGACUUUGGGUGACUUCAAGAGGACUCACUACGACGGAUGGGCAUCACAUGCUCAAUCAUUCACGGAAGCGCAGUUGGGUUUACUUCAAGAUCUGACUGUUCCUCCUUCUUACUAUGCAUAAUGGUGAUUCAUUUUGUACAUUCAUUUUAAUUGUACAAUUUUAUUAAUAAUAAACACUUAAGUUGGUUUAGUCGAAA